AUGGUUAGAAAUUCAAGAACUAGUAGUAGUGGAAGUAAUGAAUCUGAAUCCUCUCAUAGUAAUAAUAGUAAUAAUAGUAGUAAUAAUAAUACAAGUAUGAUUAAUAGUACCAAUACUAAUAGUAGUGGUAUUAAUAGUACUGGUAGUAAUAUGACUCAUCAUCAACACUCUCAAAGUAGUAAUCAAAUUGCCAGAGUAUUACCAGCAGAUCAUAUAAUGUUUAAAUUAUUGGGUGACUUUAAAGAACAUACUAAAGUAAAGAUCGAUAUUUUUAUAAGAGAUGAUAAAAUAAAGAUUGAAGAUUUCUUUGAUGGACCAGAAUCAAAAACAUUUCAUCAAGUUUUAGAAGGUUUAACUGAAGUUUCAAAAUAUUUUUUAAAUUUAAUUGCAUCUGCUUUAUUAAAUUGGAGAUCAACUCAACAUUUAAUACCUGGUAAAAGUACUUCAAAACCAAAAAUGGAAGAUUUAAUUAUUAAAAAAGAUACAACACCAAUGAUUGAUGAAAGAUAUAAAUUAAUUGUAGAUUAUAUAUUUUGUACAACUAUAUCAAGUAUAUUAAAUUCAUUAACAAAAGAGAAUUUAACAGAUGCGAUGGGUAUUCAAAUUGAAUCAAUGUGUUUUGAAUCUUUUAAAUUGGAGAAAAGAUUAUCGACAAAUUCAUCACCAAUGAUCAUACCAGAUUUAUGUGCUUCAAUUUUAGGUCAACUUUCAAAAUAUAGAUUACGUAGUGUUUCAAGUAGAUUUUUUAAAGAAUUUCAAAGUUGUUUAUCUUCAAAUACAUUAAAAAAUAAAACUUUUUCAAUAUUACAAGGUAUAAGAUUUUUAAAAGUUAAAAUAUCAUCAGAAUCAAAAUUAAAACAAUCAUUGGAAUUUAUAAAUAGUUAUUUAGAAUUUUUUAAAAAUAAUAGAAUUAAAGGUGAUUUACGUAGAGCAAUUUCAGAGAUUUUAGCAAGUAUUUUAAGACCUUUAACUGAAGAAAAAUUUAAACCAGAAUUAUCAUAUACAGAAUGGAUUCAUACAGUUAAAGAACUUUAUGAAUAUAUUUCUAAAAAAACUAAAAAAACAAAAGAUGUUUUAACAUCAUUUCCAUUAUUAUCAAUUUUAUUAUGUUGUUUAGAUAAAGAAUCAUUUUUAAAACAAUUUUGGGGAUUAAUGGAUAGUUUUAUAAAAUGUAAGGACAAAGCGAUUAGACCUUAUGCAUUAGAGAGUGCACAAUAUUUAUUAGAAUGUUAUUUAACUAAAUAUUCUGAACAACCAGAGGAGGUUUAUGAAAGAUUACAUCAAUUGGUAUCACAUAUAUUCCCAACGGGACAUGCAAAAAAGUUAACAAUGUCAGCAUCUGAUCCAUUGGAUGUAUUUGUAGAUAUAGUUUGUGUGAUUGCAAGUACUAGAAUUGAUUUUGCAUUUGAAAAGAUAAUUUUCGAUUUAUUAAGAGGUGGUGAUCCAAAAGAACUUUACAUUAGCAAUUCUGAGCGUAUGAUCAUUGGUCUUAGAGCAGUGAUGUUAAUUGAUCAAGCUGGUACCAAUCCAUUGACACCAAAAAUGUUAUCAUUCUCAAAUAGUCCAACUCAAUCAUCACCCACAAGUACACCACCAAGUGAAUCAAGUUCAGUAUCGGGAGGUAGUAAAGUUCGUGCUGUUAGACGUCAACGUUAUGGUACAUUAAAUAUUAAAAAAGUGGCACCAACCUCAUUGAUUGAACCAUAUUUAAAGAAUCUAUCAAUAUUGUUAUCACAAAUUCUCAUUAGUUUAGAUAGUACAUUUGGUAUGUUAUUAACAUCGAAUCAAACUAAACCAUUGAGUGAACUUUUAGAAAAGAUGCGUCCACCAGGUUAUUCUUGUUUAGAGUUAUUAAAAAUUGCAAUCUCUGUCAUUCCAAUAGCUUUUCCAACCAAAAUUAUACCGCAAGAUUUAGUGGUAAUGUUAUCGAAAUUUUUAAUUCAUUUGGAUCGUGGUGUCAGUGAGAAAGCAUCAAUAGUUCUCACUCAAUUAAUGGCAUCACGUCCUGAUAUUAGACCUCAAAUUAUCUAUGGUCUUGGUAGAUUUGCCCUCUAUCUUUCCGAUAAACAAAGUAAUCUAAUUUCAAUAGUUUUAGAAAAGAAAAGAGAACUACUAGAGUUGUGGGCUAAAUUCAAAACAAAUAAAUUCUCUUUACAAACAAAUGAUGAAUUGGAAGAAAUUCGUUUCAAACCAGAUCAACCCGAUAAUAUACCCGAUAUUUCUUAUGUUGAAGCGGUGGCUUUAACAUUUUUAUGUUCUUCCAAUGGUAAGAAUAGAAAACUUUGUUUACAAAUUUUAGAUUCAAUUCGAUUGGUUCAUGACUCUUUUCUACUCUCAAAGGAUGAUGAUGAAAUUGAAAUUUCAACCUAUCUUAAAGAUAUUAUCGAUGAAAAUGGUUGUGAAUAUUUAUAUAGACAUGCUCAAAAUUAUUAUUUUAGUAAUAGUGUCACCAUCAAUAGUAAUAAUAAUUCGAAUCAAAGUAGUAAUAUUGUUGUAAGUUCAAGUCAAGGUAGUAGUAAUGUUGGUGGAGGUGUUGGUGGUGGUAGCGGUGGUAAUAAUAUAGGUGGUGGUGGCGGUGGUAAUGUAGGUGUAGGUGUAGGUGGUGGUGGUGUUGUUGGUAGUAGUAAUCAAAAUCAAGUUGGUUCAAGUCAAGGUAGUGGUGUUGUUGGUGGUGUAAAUAUUGGUGGUGGUGGUGGUGGUGGUGGUAUCAAUCAAGUUAGUGGUAAUGUUGGUGUUGGUGUUAAUGUUGGUAGUGGUAUCAACCAAAUUAAUGUUUCAAAUAGUGGUGGAAAUGUUGGUGCUAUUUCAUCAACUACCACUUCUAAUGCUGUAACAGUAGUCGAUAAAUAUAAGAGACAAAAAUCAUCACAAGAUUUCGAUAGAAUGGCAGAGAGUGAAUCUAAAGAGGAUCAAAUACUUUGGAGUUGUUGUUUAGCAGAUAUUAUAAAAGCAUCAUGUGAACUCUGUCCAAGAACCAUUUCAAAAACCACAGAUUUAGUUUUACAAAGAAUUAAACCAAUUCAACCAGAUGAAAGUCAAAAAGCACAAUCAAUCACAUUGGAACAAGAACAACUUUGGAUAUGGUGGAGAAAUUAUAUAAUAUUAGCUUGUGCUACCAUUCAAGUCACUGAUAAUACAUUUUUGGAUAAUAAAAAGAAACAACAAACCGAUAAUCAAGAUCAACCACCAGCUUCCGCAAGAGAAUUAUUCAAUUUAAUUGUACCCUAUCUAAAGAGUAUGGAUAGAUUCUUUGCAGAAUCAACACUGACUGCUUUGGAGAAAACAAACUCUCAUGUAUUGGAAGUAUUAUUCGAUGUUUUGAAACCAUUAGAGAAUGAAUUACAUGGUGCAAGAAAAACUAAAAAGAAAACUGAUGUAAUUAAAUCUGUGAUUGGUAUACGUCGCCACUGUUUGGAAUCAUUAAAACCAGGUGAAUUGGUUAAACGUGAAUUAUUAAAAAAAUCCUAUAUUGAUUUCAUUCAAGAGGUAUUAACUUUUUUAAAUGUCAAUGUACCAUCAGGUGGUGAAUCAAGUAAUGAAUAUCUUUGGGAUAAUUUACAUUAUAUUAGAUUCAAUUUCUGUGCAAUGGUUCAUCGUAUUGUUCAACAAUUGUAUAGUGGUGGUCAAGAAUUUUUAGAUCGUUCAUUACGUAGAGAUCUAUUUAGAGCAUUCAAUAAAUGGAGUGAAAGUGAAGAGUUAAUUCGUGAAGAAACUAUAUCAAAGAAACUAACAGCAUUCUUACAACAAGAGGAAAAAGAAGCAUCAAAAAGAAAAGAAGCAGAGAUUAGAAUUUAUGAACAUGCAUCACAAUUAAGUCAUGUUGCAUCACAUGCUUUAUCAGUGAUUUUAUUGGGUCCAUUUUUCAUUGAAACUUUUAAAGACCCAAAUGGUGUAGUUUUCCAAUGGAUUAAUCAAAUGUUUUGCUCUGGUAUUAAAACGAAAUUACGUGCAAUCACUCGUACUGGUUUACAAAAUUUCUUAAAACAUAAUCUAUCCCAUCAAGAAUUAGUUUAUCAUUGUGUCAAUCAAUGUUAUUCACCAAAUAAUGCAGUGGCUCAAGGUUAUUUCCUUUCGCUUGUUGAACUUUGUCAAGAUGAUGUAUUGAAAUUUGAUUACUCUGAAUCUAUUAUGAUGAAUUUAAUCAUUUUCAAUACUGGUACAAAAAAUUCAAAUGUUAGACAACAUUCAAUACUAUUGUUAUCAUUAAUAAAAGCAAGUAAAGCAUUAUCAAAUGGUGAGUUAAUUUGGACAGAGACUUAUUAUCCUUCAACGAUUGGUAGUGAAAUUCCUGAAACCUUUUUAAAUGCUCAAUAUUUAUUAUCAGAGAAAUUAUCAUUGGAGAAUCAAGAUCUUUGUUAUGAAUUCUUUAUGGAUAUAGUUUAUAGAUUAGAUUCAGUGGGUCAAGAUCAUCAACGUCAAAUGUUAAAUUAUGUUAAACCUUGGAUAAAACAAAUGUCAUUGUUGGUGUUGGCAAGUGAAAACUCUCAUCUAUUGGAGGCAGUACUUCAAGGUUUAAUUUUAAUAUCCAUUAAAUAUUCAGUUCAUCAUUCACAUUUAAUUGAAGAGAUUUGGAGAGUAUUAGGUAGAAAUCAAGAUAAUAUUGGUGUUAUCAUUGAUUUCCUAAUUGGUAUUACAGAGAAAACUAGAAAUCCUGAUUUAAUUCCAAUUUUUAAACGUAUUUGUAUCUUUUUAGGUAGAUCUUCUCCUCAAAAACUUAUCAAUUGUUUGGUUUCAGAGUUAACUUCAAAUAGUGCUCCUUCAAUUGUUGAUAUCACUGAAACCACUAAACAAAUUAGUGGUGCAAGUGGUGGUAGAUCACUUCAAAAUCUUUCAAGACCAUUACAACGUUCAAUCAAUCAAAGUUCAAAUGAAAUUAUUUACAAUACCACUCAAUUCAUUCAUAUGGCUUUUCAAAAUUCUACUGAACUCUAUAGUGGUGAAAGAGGUCCACCAAAAAAUUCACCACUCACUCGUUUCCAAUUACCUUUAAUUUUCCUUAGUGAAGUUUCUUAUGAAAUUGGUGAAGAGUUUAGAGUUCAUUUGCCAGUAUUACUUCAAUUAAUUUUCCUUGGUCUUUAUUAUAAUUCUGGUCAACCAGUUCAAGAUCAUUGUCGAGUUUUAUUAUUAAAUUUAAUUAGAUGUUUAGUAAUUAAUAAAUAUCAAAUGCAAGAAGGUGUUAAUAAUCCAAAUAAUAAUAAUCCAAAUAAUAAUAAUAAUAAUCCAAAUAAUAAUUUAAAUAUUAAUCAAAAUAAUUUAAAUAAUUGUAGUAUUAUUGAUAUUGCAACAUAUGAAGAUGCAGUACAAUUAGUUGAUUUCUUAUUACCAACAUUAGGUGCAGAGAAUGGUAUACCACAAAUUCAAUCAAAAAAAGAUAUUUCAAAUCCAAAAUAUGUUGUAAUGUUAUCAAAACGUGUUGUGUCAGUAUUAUCAAAUGGUAGUGAUUUAAAUGAACAAUGGGGUGUUGCAGCAUUGAAUUGGGCAACAAAUUCACCAAAUCAACGUUUAGCAAUGAGAUCAUUUCAAAUUUUACGUGGUUUAGAACCAACUACAACCAUUGAUUCCCUUACAGAGGUGAUGCAAACAAUGGGUAAAUAUAUUCAAAAUAAUUCAAUUGAAAAUUCAUUAUUUAUUUCAGAAAUUCAAGAAACGCUUCAAGUCAUGAUAAAAUGUAUUCAUCCUAGUAAAUUAAUUUUAUUCCCACAAAUAUUUUGGGGUACAGUUGCAAUGUUACAUACUGAUUUUGAAAAUCAUUUCAUUGGUGCCAUCAAGUUGUUAUCAAUGUUAUUGGAUAUCAUAAACUUUAGUGACCGUGCAGUUCAAAAUGUUUUCUUGGCAUCAAUGCCAAAAGAUUGGGAAAAUUAUCAUGGUGUUCAACCAUUGAUUAUCAAAGGUUUAAUGUCUGUAAAUACUGCACCCUAUGCAUUGGAAUUCCUAAGUAGAAUCACGCUUGAACCAUGUGAUGAAAUAUUUCAACCUGAACCAAUAAGAUUCUUAACCAAUUUAAUCAGUUUAUUACCUUAUCUUUGUUUAUCAAUUGGUGAUGAAUCUCCAAUGCCACAACAAGUAGCCGAGAAUCUAUCGGUUGGUUGUGAAAAUCAAGGUUGGGAUAGAUUAUCAACAAUCUUUGAACGUUAUAGUUCAAAGGGUUACUUUAAACAUUUGGAUAGUUUUCUCUCUGAAAUUUCUGUACCCUUAUGUGAAAGUGUUUCAAAGAGUUCAACUUUGGUAUUCUCGCUGUUAUUCAAUAUGUUGGAAUAUUCAACCGCCGAUUAUAGAUAUCCAAUUUUAAAGAUCUUAACAGCUUUGGUAAAAUGUGGUGUAAAUCCCGCCGAAACAAAGAGUUCACGUGUACCAGAAUGGUUUGAUACUGUCACUCAGUUCUUAAAUGAUCAUAAAACUCCUCAUUAUAUAGUUUCUCAAGCAAUUAGAUUCAUUGAAAUCACAAGUGGUAAUUCACCAACCUCUUUGAUAACCAUUGAUAAUGCCUCUUUGAAACCAUCAAAGAAUACAAUUGGUACAAAGAAAUUCUCAAAUAAAGUAGAUAGAGGUACUCUAUUGGCUGGUAAUUACUUUAAUAAAGUAUUGGUCGAUACUGUUCCUGGUGUACGUUCAUCCGUUAAUUCACUCACUAAAUCAAUCUAUUCAACAACUCAAAUCUUUGAAACCUUCUUUUCCAAUGCAAAUGAUUUCACUCAAAAGAAUAAUGGUGGUGAUAAUGGUGAUGGCGAUUAUAACUCUGAAGAGAAUGGUGGUGAUGGUGCUUCAUCAAGUAAUGGUACCAUCAAUAAUCGUGAUCAACAACCAAGUUCCGAUAUUGAAUUGGAUAGUGAUACAUUACGUUCCAAUGAUUUCGAUGGUCCUGAAUUUCAUAAUUUCCCACAUUUCCAAGGUUUCAAUGAUAUUUUAGAAGGUUUAGGUGAUAUGUCAAUGGAUGAUAGUAGUGCUCUAACAACUAGUCAAUUAGAUUCUUCAAUCAAUAGUAAUACUACAACUGGUUUUAUAAAAAGUCAUAGUGGUACUAAUAAUAGUUUUUAUAAUCCUGGUUCAAUUUCUUCUGCUUCUCAUUUUAAUAAUAUUGGUGGUGGUGGUGUACCAUUAUCACCAUUCACUACUUCAACAAAAGAUAAUCAUAUUACUAAUUCUGGUUCUGGUUCUUCAAAUAAUUUAUUAUCAAAAAUUGAUCAACAAUCAAAAGAUAACAACAAUAAUAAUAGUAGUGGUGGUGGCGGUACAAUUUCAAUUAAAGAUUUACAAUCAUUAACCAAAGAAAAUCAUAAUAAUAAUUCAAAUCAAGAAAAUUUAUCUUUUCCAAAAGAAAAUAAUAAUAUAAAUGUAAAUAGUCAACAACAACAAUCACAACAAUCACAACAAUCAUCACAACAACAACAACAACAACAACAACAACAACAACAACAACAACAACAACAACAACAACAACAACAACAACAACAACAACAACAACAACAACAACAACAACAACAACAACAACAAAAUAUAAAUACACCAACAUCACCAUCAAAUAAUAGAUCAAAUAGAUCAUUACAUAAUUCAUCAUCACCAACACUUUCAAGAAAUAUUCAAUUUCAAACAAAUUCAACAUUAACAACAAUGUCAUAUAAUGUUACAGCAGCAAAAAGUUGGUGGAAUUCAUGUUCAGAACAAAUUGAAUUUUCACAAGAAAAAGACCUUUUUGAUGUAUUUACAGCAGGUUCUCAAUUGAUUCAUCAAAUAACUAGUGAAUAUAAAACAUUAUUUAAUCAAUGUUUACCAUUGAUUUUAUCAGUUUCAAAUGAAGCAUCAGCUUUAUCAGUAGAUAUAUUUGAGAAACCAACAUUUAUGAACUCUUAUUCUGAAAUUCAAAAUACUGUACAAUUGGGUGAAAAAUAUAAGAAAACCAUUGCUUCUUCACCAAAUCAACUUUUAAUGUCAAAAGAAUUCUCUGAACAACGUGAAAAAUCAAUUUCAUCUUUAAAUAGUUAUUUGAAAGUUUAUACAGAGCAACGUACCUCUACUAAUAAUACUCGUGCCAAAUUAUUUGAUAGUGGUGGUAAUGAUGAAGCUCAAAUUCAAAUCACUGAAACUAGAUUUUGUUAUGCCGUUUGUAAUCUUUAUCAACAUUUACUCUUACUUUGGAAUACCUAUAUCAGUAUGCAAGAAUUACUUUUAGAUUAUGCUUCCAUUCCAAUGUCAACACUUCAAUGUGAUAAACAAAGAGAAGAAGUUAAAAAAGAAUUGGGUAAAUGUAAAGUUUUAGCUGUACUAUUUAAAGAGAAAGAAAGUGAUAUACUUUCAAAAACUUUACAACAACAAUUAAAUCUUCAUCAUUCAAAUAAUAGUAAUAAUUCAAAUUCAAAUUCAAAUAAUAAUUUUGGUACAACAAGUUCAAAUAGUAGUGCUAAUCAAAAUCAAAAUUCAAAUUCAAAUAGUGGAGCUAAUUCUCCAAUUUCAGGUCAUCCAUUAUCUCCAACUUUAAAUAGUAAUGGUGGUGUUUAUCCAAUUAAUACAUCUCCCUCUUUUUCAUCUCCUUCAUUGUUGGAUGAAUCUCAUCGUUUACAAAAUAAUACAACCGAAAGAAAAAGAUCUUUAACAAAUUCAAAAAAGAUUUAG